GUCCUUCCAAUUGUUGCAAUUGGGCUAUCUCGCCGAAAAAUAAAUACACAUUAGGGCUAGUGCUUAUGUUUGCAUUUGCCUUUUUCUUACAUAUAGCUAGCCGUAAUGUAUUUACCUCAAGAUGCAUAUUGACCUCGAGAAAUAGAACCUAUUAAGCAGAAAUCUCGCAUCUUGUGACCCCGUCUCCUUAUUACAAUCUUGGCGCCCUUCUCCCUUAAUGCACGGGUAUAUAAGUAGCCUCUCGGACUUCGCAUAAUUUAACAAACCACAAUCAACAGUUCUCAACAUCUAGACUACCUACUACUUUCUAUCUUACCACUAUGAUUCGACCUACUCUUCUUGCUACUGCCAUCCUCGCUGGUCUCUCGACAGCAGCGCCAACCAGCACAGCCGACUUACCUCGCACAACCGGCGAGGCUCGCAGCCAGAGUGAGGUUAUUGGUAUACAGAGCUUUAUGGGAAGCUGUCAUUCCUGUUAUAAUUCAUGGAAUAUACUUACCUGCACAUGCCAUAAUGGCGAGGGGGAGUGGUUUAAGAGCAGUCUUAACCUUGACUCAUGUCUUGGGAACGCUGAUGGCUGGUUAAGGUGGCAGAGUGGUGGGAGGUUUUCUAUACUAUGCGACAGUUUCAAAUUGCAUUUACCAGACCACAAAUUUAGUGUUUCUUGUAGGACUAGUAGUGGAAAUUGGAUUCCAUCGUUUGUCAUGCUGAAUGAGAGAAUUCACAACAGUAAAGGAUAUCUGUGGUGCGGCGUUUAGAAGCUUUUUGUGACCUUUAAAGGACCCUAUCAGAUCUCUAUUCUAUUCUAUUACUCUCCUUUUCCUUAUUUAUUAUCGAGUGGAGUAAGGACUCCUGCC